AUGCAUGCGAAUGUACUUGCUAUCGCAUUCAUCGAGUUCAUGAUAAAAGUACAUGCGCUGGCGUGUUUCGAAUGUGAUCCGUGCCCCAUGGAACGUGGUGCCCCUCUGCCUCCAAUCGUUAAUAACUGUGAAGUAUGCUUGACGGAGUAUGGUUACAGGGCGAAUAAGCUGGUUUCUGUGAUGAAGGCCUGCGCGGAUCGAUGCUCCGAGAGUGUAAGCCCGUACAACCUGACAGAGUAUAAAGCACAUUGUUGUACCAACAAUUUGUGCAACAGGAGCACACGUCCUAAGAUUUUUGUGUACCUUGUACUUGCCUCAAUUCUUACCUUUUAA